AAAUGGAACAAAUAUUAAAAACAUCUACAAUGGCAAUGACCUUGCUCGAAAACGAUGUCGUCGUGUACUAGUUGUUCAUUUUCUUCUUUCCUUCUUCUGGUGAAUCCUCCGCCGAGAGCUUCCCACAACUACAUCCGUGGAAGCCUAAGGAUGUCACUCAACAACGACAACAACAAUUCAAACUUCACAUCUUCAUCGUUGCUCAAUUCAGUCACAAAAUUGUUGUGGGGACACUCUCUUCCGCCGGGAAUCCUCGUUGCCUCGGUGCGCAUGGCCUGGAACUCCGCGUGGGGGCUCAUGAUGUCCUAACUCACUCCCUCUGACUCCUCCGACGGGUAUUCGAGGCCCGCAUCCAAAUUCCAAAUCUUGGGCUCUCUUUCUCUGGGCACCCUCCACCUGUACGUGGGCCUAGCAUGCCCGUGGGCCCACCAAACCCUGAUAGUGCGGGCAUUGAAGGGGUUGGAAGAGGCGGUGCCCGUGUCGGUUGCGUCACCAAGGAUGGACAGGUCUUGGGAGUUCAAAGGGGUGCGCGUGGCUCAUUUGGGUUCAAUUGGGCCAAGUUUAGAUAAGGCGAACGGGUGCAAAACGUUGAAGGAAGUUUAUGGGCUUGGUAGAGGUGGGUAUGAUGGGAGAUCGACGGUGCCAAUGUUGUGGGAUAAAGGGAAGCCCGAGUUGGAUCUAUCGCGACCUGAAUUGAAGGAAGAGAUUGAGGAAUGGUAUCGAAUCAUAUAUCCGAAUGUGAAUAACGGGAUUAUAGGUGUGGGUUUGCGCAGAGCCAAGAAGCGUAUGAUAGAUAGGUGAAUGAAUUGUUUUGUAUCACUUGACCAAUUCCCGCUACUUGUGUGGAGAUCAAUUCACCCUUGUGGAUGUUUGUCUGUUUACCACUCUCAUUCGCUUUGAUCUUGCGUAUAAUGUUUUGUUUAAAUGCACCAAGAAGAAGCUAUCUGAGUAUGCCAAUCUUCAUGCCUACAUGCAUGACAUUUAUCAGAUGCCCAAGGUGGCAGCUACUUGCAAUUUUACAGAAAUUAUGGAUGGUUACUACAAAACCCUUUUUCCUUUGAACCCAGGGAGCAUUAGACCGGUCAUGCCUUCUAUUUCUGACCACCAAUUCCUUUACAAGCCUCAUGGAAGAGAAUCGCUGUCAUCAGCUACACCAGCCAUCUUUUUGUAUUAGUUAAACAACAUACAUGUUUCUUUCCAUUACUGCAAGUGUAUAGCACUUCUACAGUUUACAUGAAUCAUUCAGCUUAUAGUUGUUUCA